AAAGUGGUAAGUAUUUUAGUGAAGAGGCGUUUGGAUGAUGUGGACAGAAAUUGAAAUAGGGAAGGGAAGGGGAGGAGGGCAGGUGGCGUGGGCGAUGAUGACGUACGGCCCCGUGCUCCUCUGUGGUCUGUGUCUGUGUCUGUCUCCCCUCCCAACCAGACGCCUCCUCUCUCCAAGUCCGUCUGCCUCUCUCACCACCACCACCGUGCGCUGCUCCAAGGGGGAGAUGGCGGUGGUGAAGUGCAUCAGGGUCCACGAGCUGGGCGGGCCUGAGGUGUUGAGAUGGGAGCAAGUGGAGGUCGGGGAGCCCAAGGAGGGCGAGAUCCGGAUCAAGAACACCGCCAUCGGCGUCAAUUUCAUCGACGUCUACUACCGCCAGGGGGUCUACUCCGCUCCACUGCCCUUCGUCCCUGGGAGGGAAGCCGUUGGAGUGGUGACCGCUGUAGGUCCUGGCCUGACUGGCAGAAAGGUUGGGGACGUCGUCGCCUAUGCCGGCAAUCCCAUGGGCUCUUAUGCUCAAGAGCAGAUUAUUCCCGCCUCCGUCGCUGUUCCCCUUCCUCCUUCCAUCGACCACAACACUGCUGCCGCUAUUAUGCUCAAGGGGAUGACUGCUCACGUUCUACUUCGCCGUGUUUACAAGGUCCAGAGUGGUGAUUGUGUUCUGGUCCACGCUGCUGCCGGUGGGGUUGGAUCACUCCUUUGUCAAUGGGCAAAUGCCCUUGGUGCCACUGUCAUCGGGACUGUUUCAAAUGAGGAGAAGGCUGCACAGGCAGCUGAAGAUGGAUGCCACCAUGUCAUCAUUUACACAAAGGAAGAUGUUGUCACAAGAGUCAAGGAGUUCACAGCUGGGAAAGGUGUCAAUGUGGUAUAUGAUUCUGUUGGCAAGGAUACAUACAAGGGUUCGGUGGAAUGCUUGGCGUGGCGUGGUAUGCUGGUGUCGUUUGGGCAGUCGUCAGGUAGGCCUGAUCCCAUUCCGCUGAGCGAUCUGGCAAGCAAGUCGCUGUUGGUAACAAGGCCCAGCCUGAUGCAUUACACUGCUACCCGCGACGAGUUGCUGGAGUCGGCCGGUGAGGUGUUUGCCAAUGUAGGAAGCGGGGUGUUGCGCAUCCGUGUGAACCACACAUAUCCAUUGUCUCAAGCUGCUCGCGCUCAUGCGGAUCUCCAGGCCAGGAAGACGACCGGAUCCAUCCUGCUCAUCCCAGAUGAUGCAUGAUACUCCAGUACUAGUGUAGGAGUAGUAGUUAUUCCAGUACAAAAAGUGUCUCUUCUCCAAUGCCGCUGCUGUUUCUUACUUUAGUACUCCUGUAUUUUUCAUGCAUUAUCAAUCAGGUUCAGGUUUGGUUGCCAGUUGAUGUGUGUCUGCGUGCGUUUCGUUGUGGUUUUCAUGUUGACAGGACAGGACGUAUACUAUACAUAAAUAAAGGGCAGCAUCUUUGAAAUAAAGAUCACUUAUACUAUUA